ACAUGCGGCAUUUUGCUGAUUUAAUGUGUAUCGGCAUAUUAAUUAUAGGAUCCACUCUGAUUAAGGUGACUCCUGGCAAAGAACAACGGCCAAAGAGCAAGCAAGGCUUCGAUGUCUGCGCGGAAAGAGUUGGAAUCGUUCAAAAAGCAAAAGGGGCGCAAGUGGCCGCCACCAUGGUGGACAAAUGUUUCCUUCCAAUCAUCAGCAAGUACAAGUUUACUCCGAAGAUGUUCCAGAAGGGAAUAUUCAAGAUGUGCGUCGUCUUCCGCUUCUGCUAUCAUAAGUAUAUUACAUUGAAAGCGAGCAAUAAUACGGAUAUCAAUCGCGACAAAACUUACGACUGUAUUGCUAAGAUGGCAUCGCUUCUCACUGUUGACCUCAAUCCGGAAUGGAUAGAAAAGACGGACCUGGUCAAUCCCAAGGGUCUGUACUUCGAAGGAGCUGAAUGUGCGAGAAAACACAAGAUAUUCCCGGAGGAUCCCGCUACUCUGAUGUUUACCUUAAAGUGGGUUAGAGACACGCUCUUCUAGACGCCACAAGCAUCCGUUCGUCGAGCUGCUGACCAUGUUCGGUUCUCCAAAACUUUCUUCUGGUCGCAAAAUUCAAGAUUACGUGUGCAAUCGCGUCAACUAUUCGAAAUAAAAAUAUU